AUGCUUCCAACACUUGUCCGAAGAAUAGCGGCAACAUCAGUAUUGCACGAUCUGAGGAGCACGCCCAUAGUGACAAAACUGGCAGGGACCUACGAUGGCCGAUCCAAGCUUAAGAAAGUCUGGCCGCCCGAUUUCUCCAAGCUUUCCGAGAAGGAAAAGUUCCGAUUCGAAAGGCGCUAUAAGAGGAGAGUGAAGCUGGCGAGUGCGCGACCGCGAUGGGAUAAGUUCAUGCGGCUGGUGCAGCUGGUCAGCGUGACUUCCGUACUGAUAUAUACCGUCUUGUUCAUGAACUGGGGCCAGGAGAAACAUCCUUUCCAUGAUACAAGAGUGAAGUUUUGGAACGCAAUUGGCUUCCCCUCACCGGAACAAAGACAGAAACAAAAUCUCGACACACAGCCCAACAUACAUCCCAAGUAA